CGGGAUAUGUACGGCCCUGGGGAAAUUGGACGACCAAUGAAUGGUCCUGGGGGACGAGGGUGGGAUAUGGAUGGCCCUGGAGAACGCGGACGAGAUUUGGACGGACCAGGUAGAUGUGGACUGGGUGCGGAUGGCUCUGUAAGACAUGGACGGGAAAUGUUCGGGUCAGAAGGAUUUGGACGGGGAAUGGGAGGGCGAGGAAUGGAAGGUCCAGGAGGGCGGGGAAUGGGAGGCCCAGGAGGGCGGGAAAUUGAAGGUCCUGGAGGACGGGGAAUGGAUGGCCCUGGAGGCCGUGGGAGAGGAAUUGAUGGCCCCGAGGGACGGGGAAGAGAAAUAGACGGUCCUGGAGGAUGGCGACCGGAAACGGUGUCCCCUGGAAUUCGUGGGCGUGCAAUGGACGUCUCCGGGGGACUGGGACGAGGGUUCGAUGAAACUCUACGCUGUCUGGUGGACGCAAAUGGACGCCGAAUAUCGGAAGGUGGCCGAGGACGGGGAACUGAAUAUGGACCAGGGUUCCCCAGCCCUCGAAGGCUGAGCUCCCCUAGAGGUAGGGGAAGGUUCGGGGGAGAAAGAGACCCUGAAGUGAUCCUAGAGUACGAAGACUCGGGGAGGGGCCGGUAUAGGGGGAGAGGAGGAGCUGGCCCUCCCCCCACCAAGCGGAGCCGCUUUGAAGACGAAACCCCUGUUAACAGGCAAGAUGGCGGCCUGCCUCCUGUGGGAAAACCUAAUUUUUAUGACAUCUGA